AUGGCCCGCGGUGUUGACGUGAAGCCGUCCGCCUGUGACUUUCCCCAGAGGCGAAAAUCCGAGCUUUUGGUUUACCGAAUGGAAGGGAAUCUGCCAUGGUUGUUUCCAUAUUCAUUGGAUUUCAGCCAAAGCUUCAAUUUUGAGUGGGGGGAAAAGAAGUUUGGUAAGCUAAAGUUUAGGCGACGGGGACAAUUUGGUGGCGGGCUAAUAAUGUCAGCAAAUACACGUACAGAUGUUGAUGCUCGACUAGUCAUAUUUCGAGUUCUUUUUAAGUGCAUGUUAAAAUUCAGUAAUGGGUACGACCAAUUUAAUGCACCUCAUGGUUUUUGGGACACGUCCAGCCAUCGAGUACCGUUCUCGGGAUUAAUACUCGAAAACGAGUCGGAAGAGGGGCACGCGGCGGCGCUCGGAAGCAGGUGCGUGACUAGCGGCACGUUCACGGUUUGGCAUGAGUCGCCGAUUCUUCGCGUGGAGGAGCAACAGCUGAGGGACGGCUGCUCGCGCCAUCGACUACCGUUCUCGGGAUUGAUACUCGAAAACGAGUCGGAAGAGGGGCACACGGCGGCGCUCGGAAGCGGGUGCGUGACUAGCGGCACGUUCACGGUGGGGCGUGAGUCGCCGGUUCUUCGCGUGGAGGAGCAGCAGCUGAGGGACGGCUGCUCGCGGUGGCCUGAAACGCGCGACUGGGGCGGAACAACAGCGGUCGGGAGGUGCUGCGGCUGGUGGCUCGCGGUGGUGCUUCUCGCGAGCAGGGAAGAACUCGUCGGUGAACUGGUUUGCGAGACCUUCGCGACAGAGGAACCAUCGGAGGGGGUGAUCGCGAGUGGAGGCUGCCAGUUUUCACGUGGAGGAGGGAGCUUGCGGGAUGACGAGAGCGACGAUGAUUGA